ACUUCCGAUUGGCCUAGCUUUAUCCUGCCCCGUUCGCCCUCCUGCGAUCCUGCCUCCGCCGCCGUCUCCUACUCGCAUCCCGCAUGGCGGAGGCCAAGCCCCGUGCCCAAGCUCGGCUCGCCGCUCCCGCUCCCGCUCCCACGUGGGCGCAGCGGGCCGAGGCCCUAACCCACAUCCUGACCCACCCGUCCCACUCGCCGUCGCUCCACUCGCAGCUCUUCCUCGCCUCCCGCGUCCCGUGCCCGCCGUCGGGCCCGGGCUCCACCGCGUCGUACCCGCCCUUCCUCUGCCCCGGCGCCUCGCUCCUCCGCUGGGCGCUCACCUCCGUCUUCCUCCCGCGCGCGGCGCGCCUCUGCCUCCCGCCCUCGUCCUGGCGGUCCCGGUGCCCCUUCCAGCUCCCGCCGCCGCUCGUGCCCUCGGCAGCCAUCGAGCCGGCGCCCGAGCGGUGGGGCGACGCCGAGCUCUCGGCGUACGCGCGCCGGCGGCGGGCGCGGAGGGGCCCGCUGACGGCGCGGCCGCCGAUGUCCGUGGCGGGCGUGGUGCUCACCACCGUGCCCUGCGUCGUGAUCGUCGUCGCCUUCAUAAGGGAGCUCUUCUGGGUCCGGUCCAACCGCAUCUGAGAUGCUGUUGAGAGGAUGCUGGAUCAGGAUUCAGGAAGCACAGGGAUCUCGGCAGCUCCAUAAAAAACCUGCGCCUAUUUAUGGAUGCCUGGGGGCACCAGAGGGCCACGGACACGGACCAUUCCAGUUCUUGGCCCUUCAUGCCAAAGGAAGCCUCCUCGUGGACCACCACCAGCAAGUCGAUCUGGCCAGAUCGGCAGCAGCCUAUGGCCGAGUCACUCGGUGUUGUUCCUGUAUCACGAAUCCUUUCUUCUUCAGCAUUUGGCCUGCUAGAAACAAGUCCCAGAAGGAUCAACAUCCAAUUUGUUGGGGGAUGCUGAUGUUCUUGACGCCAAUCCAGGGCGACAUUGGCUGAAAUAUCAUUGAGAAGAAUGUUUCUGGCUCAAUGUCACAGUGGAUGAUAUGUUCUGCACCCCUUCUGCUUGUAGACCAGACUCCUUUGCACACCUAGGGCAAACUGAACUUGGAGGCCUAGUCGAAGCAGAAGCGUCGAGCAAGGAUGUAGAAGUGUUCCCUUCAGGUUGAGGGGACUAGUAUAAACUAGGUGGCCAGAUUGUACAAUCUUUAAGUGUUUUUUCCGUAUUCCACCAUGCUUGAUCACCAAUAUAUUGGCAAAAUUGGAUGUUUUUCUGUUUCUGACGAAACAGAGGUUGUUCUGUACCUGUUUUGAGAGUGCU